AUGCAGGCAGCUUGCUCGCUAUAUGGCAUAGAGUACGUGGAUUCCGACACCCGAGCAAUUAUGUGGGAAAAGUUGUUGCGUCACAUCGAGCUGUUUGUCGAUCCAGAGAUUGUGUCGAUGGCAAAGACGAAAGGGCACGACGUCAUUUUCACACCGCCAUACUACUCUGAUUUACAGCCGAUUGAAUUUGUUUGGGCGAGUGUUAAGGGACAGGUCGGUCGUCAGUAUACCGCUACCACUACAUUUCAGCAGGUAAGGCAAAGGCUUGAUGUGGUGUUUGGGGAAAUAUCGGAGAGGUCAAUCCAAGGAUGUAUUGACAAGGCUAGAGCAAACUUGCUAGAUCUUAGUGUGCAUAUCAAAGCACAAGAUGAGGUUAGCGAAAGCGAUUCUGAUAGUAGCUCCGAAAGUGACGGAGUCAGUAGCGCGAAUGAAGAUUCUGCGACGUAA